CCAUAUUGGAAAUUUGGAGUGCCCUCACUUUCGAAAGUCUCCACAAAAACAAGCUAGAUAGUCCCUAAUUUCGAAUAUUUCGCUGCUACAGCGAGUCGUUGUGUAGCACGGGUCCUAAAGUACAGGACACGCAAAAAAUCUAUUUUAAUCUGAAGCGCCAGAAAUACUGCCAACAUGUCAAGUUAUGGCAUAUCGACGACGACGCGGACGACGAUAACGUCGACGCCGUCCGGUAACUACAUGGACAUUAGCGACUCGCUCCCAAACCAACAAAUGGACAGCAAGCAGCAGACGGCUAUGUGGCAGCAAAAUACGUAUCUAGCUGAUUCUGGUAUUCAGUCAGGUGCGACCACACAGGCGCCCUCUAUCAGCAGCCGUGGAGGUCAUGGAGACGAGGAAGACAUGAAUAUGGCGAACAUGAUGGACUGGGGUCAGGAGCAGCAGGGCUACCAGCAAGGAGGGUACACACAGGAGCAAGUUGAUGAAAUGAACCAACAGUUGAAUCAGACGCGUUCGCAGCGAGUGAGAGCGGCCAUGUUCCCCGAGACACUGGAGGAGGGCAUCCAGAUCCCAUCGACCCAGAUGCAUCCGGAUCAACAAACAGCUGUGCAGCGUCUGUCGGAACCAUCCCAGAUGUUGAAGCAUGCCGUGGUCAAUCUGAUCAACUAUCAGGACGAUGCUGAUCUGGCGACCAGGGCUAUACCAGAGCUCACCAAACUCCUCAACGACGAGGACCAAGUCGUGGUCAGCCAAGCCGCCAUGAUGGUGCACCAACUCUCCAAGAAGGAGGCGAGUCGCCACGCGAUCAUGAACUCUCCGCAGAUGGUGGCAGCGUUGGUCCGUGCGAUGAGUAUGACCAAUGACGUCGAGACGACGCGAUGUGCGGCCGGCACUUUGCACAACCUGUCUCAUCAUCGCCAGGGAUUGUUGGCCAUCUUUAAGUCUGGUGGUAUCCCAGCUUUAGUCAAACUACUUAGUUCCCCAGUAGAAUCGGUUCUGUUCUACGCCAUCACAACACUCCACAACCUGCUCUUGCAUCAAGAAGGAUCCAAGAUGGCCGUUCGUCUGGCUGGCGGACUUCAGAAGAUGGUGGCGCUGCUUGCACGAAACAACGUCAAAUUUCUCGCAAUCACAACUGAUUGUCUACAGAUUCUUGCGUAUGGAAACCAGGAGAGCAAAUUGAUCAUUCUUGCCAGUGGUGGCCCCGGGGAGCUUGUCCGUAUCAUGAGGUCUUACACGUAUGAGAAGCUCUUGUGGACAACCUCCAGGGUAUUAAAGGUUCUCUCGGUGUGUUCAAGUAACAAGCCUGCCAUCGUCGAAGCAGGUGGUUUGGUAGCCCUGGGUAUGCACCUUGGACACCAGAGCCAGCGCCUCGUACAAAACUGUCUCUGGACGCUGAGGAAUUUGUCUGAUGCUGCCACGAGGAUGGUCAAUGAAAGCAUUGAGCCACUCCUACAGAUGCUGGUGCAACUUCUCUCAUCAAACGACAUCAAUAUCGUCACUUGCGCUGCCGGGAUCAUGUCCAACUUGACCUGCAACAACCAGCGCAACAAGGUCACCGUCUGUCAGGUGGGCGGCAUCGAGGCGCUCGUUCGUACCAUACUCCAGGCAGGGGACAGGGAAGACAUCACGGAGCCUGCGGUUUGUGCCCUGCGUCAUUUGACCAGCCGUCACCCGGAGGCCGAGAUGGCCCAAAACGCAGUGCGCCUCCACUACGGCCUUCCCGUACUAGUCAAGCUCCUCCACCCGCCAAGUCGCUGGCCGCUGAUCAAGGCCGUUGUGGGAUUGAUCAGGAACUUGGCGCUCUGCCCUGCCAACCAUGCGCCGUUACGAGAGCAUGGCGCCUUACCCCGCAUCGUACAGCUGUUGAUUAGAGCACACCAAGACACACAGAGGCGUUCCUCGUCUGGCUCAAGUGGACCAAACACCAACGGCUAUGUUGAUGGUGUCAGGAUGGAGGAGAUUGUUGAGGGGUGCGUCGGAGCUCUCCAUAUCCUCGCCAGGGAAGGUCACAACCGUGCAGUCAUCCGAGGACUCAACUGCAUUCCACUCUUCGUUCAGUUGUUGUAUUCACCAGUUGAGAAUAUCCAGCGUGUUGCCGCUGGCGUUCUCUGCGAGUUGGCCGCCGAUAAAGAGGGCGCUGAGGUCAUUGAACAGGAAGGUGCAACAGCUCCGUUGACCGAACUACUACAUUCGAGGAAUGAGGGAGUCGCGACGUAUGCCGCAGCCGUACUAUUCCGUAUGUCCGAAGACAAGCCUCAAGACUACCGUAAACGUCUAUCCACAGAACUGACCAGCUCCCUAUUCCGAGCAGACAACAUGAACUGGAGCGACCCUGACGCUGCCCUAGGUGACAUGGGUGGAAUGCUCCCUCCAGAUGAUGCCUACGGUGACCAACUUUAUCAGCCCAAUAUGCAGUCAGGCGGUGACAUGAGACAACAAGGUUACGGUGACCACGGCGUUCCGGUCGACUCGAUGCAGGGCUUAGACAUAUCAUCACACCAGGGAAGCAACUACGGCCACAUGGAACCACUACCUGACCUCGGACCGGGCAUCGACUCCAAUCUCGAACAAAUGCAGACCGGGCAACCAACCGAUCAGAUGGCUGCGUGGUUUGAUACCGAUCUGUGAACGAAAAUACCUGACCCGAUCUGAGGCUGGAGAUCAAAAAUCUGAAUCUACAGUUGAAAUAUAGGCGGCGCUUUUGUAUUGAGAAUGAACGUUGGUGUGUGGACUGCUAGUGGUGAUUUUUUGUAGUCCGGAUAUUUUGAUGCAGUGUUUUACUGUUUUGAGAUACAAGCAUGUAUAGUGUGUGCAGGGCCAGGAUUCUGUAAGUGACCUCUGACCUUUUGGACUAUACGCUGCAAGGUCAGGGUCCAUGCAGUUCAUACGUGGUGUGUUUAUCAUAUUCUCGGUCUAAAACUAGCUGAGCAUUUAGUGAGUUGACCCAAAUUUAUGAAAUACCUCGUUUACGUGUUUAUAGAUCAUUAUUAUCAUCAGCUUGCAGCCACAUCUUCAAAAUGAUCACGUGAAUUCUUUUCCGUUUGUGAAAAAAACUGCCGCCACCGCAAAACGCCAACAAGUCCGGCCAAUCAGGAUUCAAGAUUGUACGCAUAUCAUUAAAAACUAUGUGCUAAGGGCUGCCAGUUGUAAGAUUCAAGAAUGUGUAUGUGAGGCGCCAUCUAUGUUUAUGAAUGGCACUAAGAGGAACUCUUCAUUAGUGUAAAUGGCUAUAUAAUCAUUGUCUUUGUAUAUUUUCUAAUGUUUUAAUUAAUUAACGUCGUAGGGCAGUGGUUCGUGUAAGUCUGACUUUUUGAGCCUGCAAGUAAUAUUUCAAAGGGAAAAUGAACAUCGUUAUACAGACCACAGUUUUGGCAAACAAGGUGUGACACGAGAGAGGUCAACGACGACUCCUUCCUUCGAGAUUCUCCAGGACUGCGGUUAUUUUCAAAAUGUUUGAAAAUAUUUUAAAUGGGAUUUAUCCGAACUUGGGAAAACAUUUUGUAUUGUGACAUUUCUGUUGACAGCUGUGGAUAGUAAGGGUAAAGUGGGUGAGUAUUGAUCAUGGAUGAUAAAAUCGGAUUUUGAAAUUGGGUCCGCGCCAGUCUUGGGGGUUGAAUUAUGUGCCGAAAAUAAUUUCCUUCGAUAGUGAUUUCAAGAGUUCAUAAAAAUUAUAGGUAAUUUGUACUGUUUUGUAAUAUUUUCCAUUUAUGCACUUUUCGUACUGAUAGCCAGCCUUGCCAACAUCGCUUAUGAGAUUUUGUUCCUUGGAAUUGUGGGUGAAAUUUCUGUGAUGUGGUUUGCUUUGAAAUAGCACAAGAGCUAAUCAGAUUUGAUAAGAAAUCAGUUGAAUAAUGUCUGUUGUUUAAACUGGUUAACUGGAGCCAGUUUUCCUAAGCCAGUACUAUGAAGACAUUUUUUUGGACAUGAUGAUGGUUUAUAUAAAUUCUUGAUGUACUUUUCGAAAAAGUUAGGAAAAUAACCCAGUUCUUGAAAAGCCGUAGGUCUAACAAUUCGUGGAAGAAAACUUCUCACAAUGCUAGGACCAGAAAUGCUGUGCAUUAAUUCAAUUCCUGUGUAGAUUUCUUGGUUCAACUUUGAGUGAAUUCGAAACCUCAUCUUUAUUGUAACAUUGUAGCCAAAUCUACAGCACUUGUACCUAAAAAGUGCACAAUUUUGACUAGUGUAAAAACACUUGCAGGCUGUCUCAAAAAAGUGAUCGUUCAUUCUUGGUUCUCAGAAUGUGAGGCAGUUUUUCUGAGGCAGCCUAUGUACAUGUAAAUGCAGUCGCAUUGCACUGUAUUCGUGACGGGCACUCUCCACUACUGGGGUGGGGUACUGUGUGUUGUAGAGUGUCCUCCGUGGAAAACUUUAUUGGCAAAUUUUGAGAUUUUGAAAUUCAAAAUUUUGAGAUUUUCCUGGUUCUCCCAUGUUUACGUUUGGUUUAACAAAACAGUGUUUUAUGCAUAACAUUAACACAUUAUGAUAAAUAUAGUCACGUCUUUUUUAGUUCGGGACAGUAUUGAUCGGAAAAGUAUAGAUUUUAGUGAAAAGUUUGCGAGUAUUAUACAGUUAUAUGAUUCUUAUACAAACAAGACUUGCGUUGUGAGCAUCCAAGGUUCCCUAUCCAGGGGGAUUUGCUCCUUUUGACUUCGUGCCUUUGUGACAAGUUUGACAUCUGCCUGUUUGGCCAUUGAUCAUUGAUUGUUCACAGGAAGUUUCCAUUUCAUUUAGCAAGUCCCAUUAUUUUUCACUCGGGGAACUUCAGCAAAUUUCGUUGGUCAAAAUUCUGAUCACAGUGAUGGUUUCCUCGAAGUCACAACCGUCACUGUUGAAAGUUUUACCUCCAAACAUGGCAAGGUCAUGUCUGAUCCAUGUUCCAUUUUGAUCUGAUUUUUUUGAUUUGAUUCGAAAACUAUACCUAACAUCUUCUAUCGAAUUUGAAUUUCGAAAGUGAAUACGUGAAAACCAACUUAGACUUAGUUUCUCUUGAGGGGUUCCUUGUAUGCUCAGCACAUAAGUUGUGUGUUUUUAUACUAUGUCCAUUUAUUUUGUAACCAGUGAUGUCAUAGAGUCGUCUGCCGUGUUUGUGGUCUCCGUAUAUCUAGCUAUAUGUGUACAUUUUAAUAGACAAACUUGGUAAUAAAUCCAUUUUGAUACAAAA